GCUGAACCUCAUUUAGCACCUUGGAUUCAGCAACAAAUUGCUUCCCAGUUUGUUCCUGAAUUAAUAAGUUACAGUGGAUUUUAUUUCAGCUGUUUGCCAUAGUUCUGCUUUAAGGGAAUUAAGCUUCAAAACGUGCUGUGAAUCAUUGAAGGAGGUAGGAGGUGAAACGAAGAUGGGCAAACGUGUGAUUUAGCAAAGAUUAAUAAUUUUUUUUCCUGAUCUGACAAAAAAAAAUAGGAUUUUUCUCUUCAGAUCAAUGUGAAAUAAGGUGAAAAUAGGAGCAGUUUCUAUGCAGAACCUAAAGCAGCUGUACCUGAACUGGGGCAGCUCUGUGUUAUUUAUCAGGCAGGUUCAGGUCAGCAUUUGUUUCUGUUCUGUCCAGCUCUGUUAUUAUUUAUAUGCAUUAAACCCUUUGGGCUGAGCACUGUGAAUCUAAUAAUCUCAUAAAUAUAAUAAUUACAGUGUUUUUGCAGAGUAGAGCAUAUCCAGGAGGGGAAUAUGUUGUUUUUUAUUAUCCAGGAGGGCAGUCUAUGUUGUUUCUUUUUUAUUUUUUAAGUGAAAACUUACAAAUAAACGUUGUAUUUCUAAGUUAAGCUCUCUAACUCUUUAUAUCCCCACGGCUGCCCGAUGCGCUGCCUGAUCAAACGCGGCUCCUUCCCGGCGCUCCGCGGGGCAGCCCCGCUGUGAGGACCCCAUCGCUGUGAGGAAGGCGGCGCUGUGAGGCGGCGGGUCGGUGCGGUGCGGGUAGGCCUCGCUGUGAUGGCAGCUCGGCGCGCACUGAAAGCUGUCCUGGUGGAUCUCAGUGGCACGCUGCACAUCGAAGACUCAGCCGUGCCGGGUGCGCAGGAAGCUCUUAAAAGGCUGCGUGGUGCUCCAGUAACAAUUCGGUUUGUCACCAACACCACUAAAGAAUGCAAGAAGGAUCUGCUGGAGAGGCUGACCAAACUGGGCUUUGACAUUGCAGAACAUGAAAUCUUCACGUCUCUGACAGCAGCCAGAAAUCUUCUGGAGCAGAAGCAGGUGCGGCCGCUCCUCCUGGUGGAUGAGAAGGCCCUGCCUGAUUUCACAGGGAUUGCCACUGAUGACCCCAAUGCAGUGGUCAUAGGACUGGCUCCUGAACACUUUCACUAUGAGAUGAUGAAUAAAGCUUUUCGGUUGAUUUUGGAUGGUGCUCCUCUUAUAGCCAUACAUAAAGCCAGGUAUUUCAAGAAAAAAAAUGGCUUGGCUCUGGGACCUGGACCUUUUGUAGCUGGACUUGAAUACGCCACAGACAUUAAAGCAACAGUGGUGGGAAAACCAGAGAAAACAUUCUUCCUGGAAGCUUUACGAGGGACUAACUGUGCUCCAGAGGAGGCUGUCAUGAUUGGUGAUGACUGCAGGGAUGAUGUUGGUGGGGCCCAGAAUGCAGGCAUGCGUGGGAUUUUGGUCAGGACUGGUAAAUAUCGACCAGCGGAUGAAAACAAAAUCAAUCCAGCUCCUUACUUAACCUGCGAGAGUUUCCCAGAGGCAGUAGAACAUAUCCUGGAGGAUCUGCUAUGAGAAGCUGAAUAGUUCAAAGAAACAUCUGAUUCACAUAAUUUACUAUUGCUUCUGAGGUUGCAGGAUCAGUGCAUGCUCAUCAGAAACCUAUCCAUAAGCUCCUUCCCAUCAGGGUGUGGAAGGGAAGAGGAGCAGUGUGUGGUGGUCACAACGCAGCCCUUUACCUGCACUCAUUUCCUGAGGCGGUGAUUAGGGACCUUGGAUGAUCAGCAGGACGGGUAGCACAGGAAGGCUACAGCACAGCUGCUUUCCUGAAGGGUGCAUGGAACGUGGCAGAGAGUUCUGUUUUCAGAUAUCAUGAAAUAGCUGAUGUAAAGCCCACUCUGAAAACUGUUAAGGAUAAACUAAACUGGAAGCCUCACUGGAAGCACUCAAGUAAACUGUAAAGCCUAACAGCACUUCAGUCAGUCUGCAGUGAUCUCUCUGUUCUAAUUUAAAGGCAGAGAUAAAAACCUCUAGAAAUGACUUCUAUAUUAAAAUAUCACCACUGUUAAUAAUUACUAUUUGCACCUUUACUCUCAUUGGAGCAGAUCCUGGUUUUUGUUUUUCAGACUUUACAUAAAAUUAAAGCUGUCAGCAGCGUACAGAUGUUUUAAUUAGAUGCUGUUAUUAAAAAGAAUGGUACUCAAACAAAAGCCUGGUAUUAAAUGCCUUUAGACGUUGAAUUUUUAAAGUAAGUUAGACUUCAGCGGGGUCCUAUUAACGCUUCAGUUCCAAAAUUUCACUAUUGCUGCUUUUUGUUUCUUUUUAACGUUAUGGGAAAAACCCUUCAUGAGCCGUGGGGACAUAUUCAAGUUUUUACACCGUUGGUUAGUAGAGCUGUAAAAUGAAAUUUAAUUCUGUCAUGUGCAUUGCUUCUCCUCUGUGUUAAACACACCAAUAUGAACCAACUCUGUAAUGAUGGGAAAUAGCUUUUCUGGUCCAUUUGCAAACUGUAAUAAUCAAAGUCCUUUACAGUUGUUUUACAGUGCUCCUGAGUCUUAAAUUACUGGAUUGUAAUUAUACAGUACUGGAGCAUUAAGCUUAUUGAAAAUAUAGGUUUGUGUUAAUGAGCCAUGCUCGUUCUUUGUUAAGGAAAAAGUCAUUGUGAUGAAUGAACGGGAAGCUUGCCUUAAAGGAAAGAUGGUCUGGCUGCAGCCAGGUGGUGGGUUACUUACAGUUAGGUUAACCUACAGCUGUGAAUAAAUUUAAACAUCUGCUGUU